GCCAACACAAGAAGUAAGCCGCGUCAGCAGCUGUCGCACCCCACCUCUCACCACCUGUGUACCUGGCAAGAGACCCGCGGCAAGGGGACUGUCACAGCACCGCAGAGGACGACACGACACUUGWUAAAAGAUACUAGGACGAAGGACGAGACAUUAAUACCGUUAGCCCAAGGUGGUCGAAGUCCUGGAGAGAAUGAACACUAUAUUUUUGUUGACCUUUUCUGGACCUCAAUAAGGUGUUUGACAGUGUUGGAAGACUUGGACAAAAACCUCAGACUUGAAGUUCGUAAGAUGGUGGUAAAAAUGAAUUUAAUUGGUUAAAAACGUUGCUUUAUUGUUGUUGCCCAUAGUGUUCUUUCCCCUGGUGGUUUUCUGCGUGCUUGGUUUCUGGGGCUUUCAACUCUGGGCUAAACCAUGUCAUUACCAGGCAUGGGUAGGGACCGAGAGAGUUUGUUUUCGCUCUUUCACGCUUGUGAUGUGGAUAAUUCUGGACAGAUUGAAAAAUACGAGUUUAUUAAAAUCUGCUCAGAGCUCAAUGUUYCACCGACGGAGAGAGAGCACAUAUUCUCUAAACUGGACACCGACAGAGACGGGACUAUCAAUCUAGCGGAGUUCAUUAGCGGCUUCCUCGGGAUCUCGGAGCAAGUGUAUUGUGGGAACAUGGAGAGCGAGAGCUGGGAAGUCUCUUCUCCGGCCUGGGAAGAUUUCCAGACCCGACUGGGGGACCAUGCCAAGUUCAUACCCAGGAAUGAGCAGGCAGCCACGCUGUACCAGAACAUCAGUAUGACAGAGCCCAGGAUGGUGCCUCAGUAUGAGAGACUCAUCAUGAGUUUCACCAGAGAGAUCAAACAGCACAACGCUGAGAUGGAGAACCUGGCCCUGGCUGUCAAACGGGCCCAGGACAAGGCCUCCAUGCAACUCAGUGAGAUGGAGGAGGAGAUGGAUCAACGCAUCCAUACAGCCGAGAACAACACAAGGCUUCAGGAAGCCAAGAGGGCCGAGGCAGCUCUAAGUGAGSUGAAGAGACACUAUGAGUCCGAGGUGUGUGAGCUGCAGCACAAGGUCCAGAAGAUGAAGCUGAUUGAAGACCAGUACAAGAACAUCAACAUGAAAGACGAGUCUUCAACCCUGAAGAGGAAGAUCAACGAACUGACUCUGAUUGAAGACCAGUACAAGAACAUCAACAUGAAAGACGAGUCUUCAACCCUGAAGAGGAAGAUCAACGAACUGACUCUGGAAAACCAGAGGUUGAAGCAGGAGUUGAUGCAGUCCCACACUAACAUAGCCUUCCUGCAGAGUGAACUGGACUCGCUGAAGAGUGACCUGACAGACCACAGCAUCAACUCGGAGGGAUACGAGGCGAUGAUGAGAGAGUUCUCUGAUGAGAGGGAUAACCUGGAGCGACAGAUAGAGAUCCUACAAUUCUACCAGGCGGGUGUGGAGGAUGUUGAUGAGGACGAGGACCCACUGGGAGGCCUGUUUGGGGGUGGUGGUAGGGGCUCCCUAGGGUGUCGGAGGCCCGGUCUGGACACGCUAGCUCUGGCUCUGUGCGACCCGGGCAUGCAGCGCAGACGUAGCUACGAGGGGGACAGCCUGCCCGAGAGCUGCCUAGACAGCGGCAUGAGGUCAAAGGGCACGAGGAGGAGGAGGAGGAGGAGGAGGAGGAGGGACAGAGGGUGGCCAGGAUCACAGAUGGUCUGGCGGAAGACAACUCUGACAACGACAUUGCAGAGGUGCGGAACAAGAUGGUGUUCGGAUCAGACAAUGGUUCUGUCCUGGACUGGAAACCCUUGGAACCAGUCAGCCGGAACAGCUCGGGAGCAUCCACACGCAAAGCCCUGUCCGCAAUCACCAAAUGAGGCAAAGGAGAAGGAGUCAGCUGACCUGGGAUAUAUGACAUCAGAGAAGGCCUACCGGGUGGUGUUGGCAGGUGACGCGGCGGUGGGCAAGUCCAGCUUCCUGCUCCGCCUCUGCAAGAACGAGUUUCGAGGAAAUACCAGCGCCACCCUGGGGGUGGACUUUCAGAUGAAGACUCUGGUAGUGGAUGGAGAGCCUACCCUACUCCAGCUAUGGGACACAGCAGGCCAGGAGAGGUUCCGUAGCAUUGCUAAGUCCUACUUCAGACGAGCCGAUGGCGUCCUCCUGCUGUAUGAUGUCACCUGUGAAAAGAGCUUCCUCAAUGUCCGAGAGUGGGUGGACAUGAUCGAGGACGUGUCCCAGGACGACAUCCCCAUCAUGCUGGUGGGGAAUAAGAGUGACCUGAGAGAGCAGGCUCUGCAGGACGGGAUCACCUGUGUCUCCACCAGCUACGGAGAGAAACUGGCCAUGACUUAUAACGCCCUCUUCUGUGAGACCAGUGCCAAAGACGGCUCCAAUGUCAUAGAGGCCGUGCUGCAUCUGGCCAGAGAGGUGACCAAGCAGGUUCAUGGGGCUGAGGACCAGGGGUCUGUGACUAACCUCUAUAGAAAUCCCAACAAGAAGAUGCCCACCGUCACCUGCUGCACAGGAUAAGAUACCGAACAGAAACGCUACUAGAGUAACCAAAACUCACCACCUAAGGAACCGCAUCAACAGAACACCACAAUACUAGAACACUGUGUCCAACAGCAGAACAAGAGAACAAUGGGACUUCAGAAGAAAAGAACACAGGAGAAUCUGAUCAGAACACUAGAGAACUGUACAGUAAAACUAGAACCACAAGACAGCUGGUUUUCUCAUAUAACAUCAACUGUACUGCUUAAUGCUAUAGGAUAACUCAUAUUGAGCUGUUUAGAAAGACAGCUAAUGCCUGUGUGUGUGUGUGUGUGUGUCUGUUUGUUUGAUUAUGCGCUUGCAAUGAAUGCAUGGGUGCUUGUGUUAUAUGCAGACGUCAUUCACAUCCUGGUUAGUAGUGAAAUCUAAUCUCCUAUGCUGUUGAUUGUGUCUUAUGAAACCUCUGUGUGUACCCAAUAGUCAUACAUUUGAAGUCAGAAGUUUACAUACACUUAGGUUGUAGUCAUUAAAACUCGUUUUUCAACCACUCC